AGACCAGUGAGUGCCGCGGCGGAGGAGACAAGCCGCCCAAGAUGCGGAAAGCAAUACUCUUGUUGUGUUGUGUGGUCGUUGCCUAUGGUCAGCAGAAAGGCGGUGCUUCUGCUGGGCUAUUCGGAGCAGGACGAAAUGAAAUUGGUGGUGGACUUGGACAAGCUGGCGACGGAAUGGGACCAGGAGGACCAGGAAUGUCAGGAGGUCUAGGAGUGGGUGGACAGCCACAGCUCAGGCAGCCAGAAGGGCUAGGCGCAGCACAAGGCGGUGCAGGCCUCAUAGGAUAUCCUUCCGGAUAUGGACAGCAGGACCUCUUCACCCUGCUACUCCGCCAGAUCAUGUUGGCCUACGGGGCAGACCCGCUGAAGCUUCCCGACACGACCAUACCAUUCAGCGGUAUCCUGCGCAUGUCGGGCACCGUGCACACCUACAACUCCUACGUAUUCGGCCUAUCUCACGUAAUCCGCACUGGCCCUUGCGUAGUGAAGGCCGACAACACCGGAAUGCGUCUUCGCCUCGACCUGGGAAUCAACAACGUGUUCGGCAACACGUCAGCCACCGUGAAGAUGGCAAACAGCAAGACAAACAAGCAUCGCGUGCAGUUCACUGUUUUUGUCAGGCAAGCCAGGGCCAUCCUCGAAAUAGCGCAGUCGGGCCCGCAAGAUAUCCAGGUGACAAACUUCAAGAUUAUCUUUCUCAAAGGUUUCAAACUAUUCCUCAAGCCACAGCAGUGUUCAAAGAGGCCAAUCUUCCGCACAUUCCUGCGAGCUGCGGAGGCCUUCCUUGAUCGGUCGGUCAGAAAGCGCCUCGAACCCCUGGUGCGCAAGGCCAUCGACCAAAACAUCAAGGCCGUUCUGGUCUACUUGAGUCGGCAGGCACAACUCAGGCCCAAGCCACGCCUUUCGCCUGAGCUCUUUGCGAAUGUACCGCAGGAUAUUGUGAUUGGUAGGCCUCAAGACAGUGGGUUCCCAUCAGGAGCAGGUGGGCCAGGUGGUGGAGGACCCGGAGGAGCGGGAUCAUUUGGAGGACUGGGCGGAGGGGGAGGCCCAUCACCUGGGGGCAACAUGCUCGCUGGAGGAGGAUCGUCAGGCGUUGGUGGCGGCGCUGGUCCGCAAGGCAUCGGUGCUGGGGGACGAGGAUUCGGGCCUGGGUCUCAAUUACAGGCAGGAGCAGACCUGUCGAGUUCGCUUUCUGGCUCUAGCGGCCAACAAAAGAUUGGUAUUGCCAAGGGCUUGUAAAUUCUACGAUCACGAAUCUCAACAAACCUUUCUCUUUUUUUUUGCUUAAAUAAAGGCAAACCUCUA